CCUCCUUUCCACUUUUCCCUCCUCUUCCAUCACCAACAAAUGCGCGCAUUCGCUCUGCUGCUGUUGGCUGCCGUGCUUGUCGCAUCAACAACGGUCGCUGCUGCGUCUGCAUCAGAGCCGUCGCUGCGCAUCAAGACGGCCGCCCGCCAGAUCGACCUCAGCACCCACCUCACCCGCAUCACCCUCGAUCUGACUGUUGAGAACACUGGCUCUGCCGCUGCAAGCUCGCUGCUCGUUGCGCUCGAGGGCGAUCGCGACCCGUCGCUCGUCUCUGCCAUUGCUGCGCCGUCCCCAAAGACCCAGCUCGCCGUCGCACGCGAGCCCGCAGCUGACGCCCGGCUGUUCCGCAUCACGCUCGAGUCGCCGCUCGCCGCUGGCAAGUCGAUCGAAGUGACCGUCCGAUUUGUGGUUGCUGGCGCCCAGACUGCCCACCCGCGCGAGAUCACCCAGCAGGAAGUCCAGCGCGCCCGCUUUGUCGGCCGCCUGCACGUUCCCAGCCCGUACCAGGUCGCUGAGCAGACCACGACUGUCACGCUGCCGUCGAACAAUGUCGUGCAGUACACUCGCACCAAGCCCGUCUCGGCGUCCGGCUCCACGAUCAAGUACGGCCCGUACCACGACGUUGCGCCCUUCAGCGUUGCCCCGCUCUCGGUGCACUUUGAGGCGGCCACCCCUUUCCUGACUACCCGCUCCGUCAAGCGCUUGAUUGAGGUCUCGCACUGGGGCAACAUUGCCGUCGAGGACGUCAUCCACCUCCAGAACACUGGCGCACAGCACAAGGGCGAGUUUUCGCGCUACGACUACCAGCGCGGCCAACCCGCCGGCCACAUUGUCCGCAGCUUUGCCUCGCACCUCCCGCUCUCUGCGCGCGACAUUUACUACCGCGACGUUAUCGGCAACAUCUCGACCUCGCACGUCCGCGAGGGCGACUCUGAGGUCUUGGUCGAAGUCACCCCGCGCUUCCCGCUGCUCGGCGGCUGGCAGACCGUCUACACGCUCGGCUACAACCUGCCGACCGCACCCUUCCUUUACACUGGCUCGAGCGGCUUCAAGCUGACCAUCCCGUUCCUCGACCAGAUCCACGACACGCUUGUUGUGGAGGAUGCUGAGGUUCGCGUCGUUCUCCCCGAGGGAGCCGCAAACAUCCAGGUGCACACUCCCUUCGAGGUCGAGCAGUCGCGCGAUGUUCACUUUACCUACCUCGACACCACCGGCCGCCCCGUUGUCGUCCUCAAGAAGCAAAAUCUCGUUCGCGAGCACCUCGAGCAAUUCACAGUCACGUACACCUUCUCCACCACCUCAAUGCUCCAGGAGCCAUUGCUGGUUGUUGGCUUUUUCUUUGCGCUCUUCUCGACCAUUCUUGUGCUCAACCGCAUUGACUAUUCCAUCUCAGCGCCCAAGACCAAGAAGGAUUAAGAGUUUUUAAUACUUUUUCAAAACAAAACGCAAUCUGGGUUUCUUUUCGAUUGCUACUUCCUUUUGGAUUUGAGUCCUUUUUUUUUCUUCAUAUUUAGUGUGCGUUUGUGUGUUGUUAUGUGCGUGUGUGUCGUGCUUUGGAGACUUUUUGUUCUUUUUGAGAUCAUAAAAAUCGCUCAAGUAUAAUGCAA